UAUUGAACAUUCGGUGAUAUGAUAUUAUAAGGCACGCGCCGACCCAAGAUACGAGGGCAAACGGUUCAUAUUCACGAUUUCGAAAGCACUUACAUAUAUCGUCGACAUACAAUGAUUACGCGGUUUAUCACCGAGGUGAACACCAAGUUCAAUCCCUUCUCUAUGCGCUCAAGAGCUACACGAUUAUUCCUAAGCUCGCUCCCUCCCACUGCACGACAAGCUGGCAUGCAAAUAAAUACAACUCUCCUACCGCGAGCGUCCACGUCGCCACCUGUCCUCCUUGUAAAAUUCAAGGAUGGGAAAGAAAUGAAUUUGGAUGGCGAGAAACUAGGUAUAAAAGGCAUUGUCGAAGAGGUGGACAGACAUUCUCGAGCUUUGCAGAAGCAGGCGGAUCUAACAGACGGUUAAUCUUACGAUUCAUCCGUA